AGAGCCUCCUCUGUUCAAAGCGCCUGUGCUUGUGCUAUCCUGAUACCAGAUUUAGACUUGACCCCGAGUCGUGCAACACGACCGGACUCCCUUUCUUCUACCCUGAUAUAAUUUAACUGAACUUUACUGAACUAAAGGAUUUUCUAAAAACAGAGAAAAUCCAAACAGAUCACCUGUUGUCUUUUCUGCUUGUUACACGUGUUUUCAUAGUUGGAAGCGCACUUUUGAAAUAUUUUCUGCUACAGGUGCAUGCUUUGUUUAAUGUGGAAGAAACGCUGAGGUAUCCAGCUAAAUGUUAGUAACUUUUGGAUGUGUUUUCUGGGACGUUAAUCGACGAGAAUUUCUCAAUUUCUCAAAUUCUGAAAAGAAAAUACUGAAGGAUCUUUAUAACUAAGGUUUGAUGUCACAUUUAAGGUAAACACUUGACUGAGACAAAACAAAAUGGAGCUUGGAACUACUUCUUCAGUCGCCAACGUGACAGAUCCCUGGAAUUACUCCGGUAUUUUCAAUGAAAAUGACUCCUAUGAACUUACUACUAUUGCAUCUAUGAACAGCACUGACUUUGACAAGACCAGCAGCGUGGUCAUCACCUUCUUGUAUUGUGUGGUGUGCGCUGUGGGACUAUGUGGAAACACAUUAGUCAUCUAUGUGAUCCUGCGUUAUGCCAAGAUGAAAACUGUGACCAACAUUUACAUCCUGAACUUGGCCAUCGCGGAUGAACUGUUCAUGCUUGGGCUACCCUUUAUCGCGAUACAGUUGGCCCUAGUCAACUGGCCUUUUGGCCAAGCCCUUUGUAGGGUAGUAAUGACCGUUGAUGGACUGAACCAGUUCACAAGCAUCUUCUGCCUGACGGUGAUGAGCAUUGACAGGUACCUGGCUGUAGUCCACCCCAUCAAGUCCACCAAAUGGAGGAAACCAAGAAUGGCCAAGAUGAUCAAUGGGGCAGUAUGGGCUCUCUCGCUGUUGGUCAACCUGCCCAUCAUAAUCUACAGUGGUGAGAGGAGAAGUCACAAAGGGAACAGCUGCACCAUCAUCUGGCCAGACCCUCCAGAGGCAUAUUACACAGGGUUCAUGUUCUACACGUUCUUACUGGGAUUCUUCAUUCCCCUGAUAGUCAUCUGCCUUUGCUACCUGCUGAUCAUCAUCAAGGUGAAGUCCUCCGGCAUCCGAGUGGGCUCUUCCAAAAGGAAGAAGUCAGAAAGGAAGGUGACCAGGAUGAUCUCCAUUGUGGUGGCAGUUUUUGUCUUCUGUUGGCUGCCCUUCUACGUUUUCAAUGUCACGUCUGUGACGGGCACCAUUAUCACCAGCCCUGCCUUCAAGAGCAUGUUUGACUUUGUGGUGGUCCUGAGCUAUGCCAACAGCUGCGCCAACCCCAUCCUGUACGCUUUCCUGUCUGAGAACUUCAAGAAGAGCUUUCAGAAUGUGCUGUGCCUGAAGAGGGUGGGGGGGCUGGAUGAUAUAGACAGGAGCGACAGCAGACAGGACAAGACCAGGAUGAUGAAUGAAGCUACAGAGACCCAAAGCACGCUGCUUAACGGAGAUCUCCAGACCAGCAUUUGAAACAGAUGUAAAAGAUGUGUUUCAGUCCAAAUCAAGAAGUCUUUACCCCUUCAUCUAUGGAGAUCUAUUUCCAUUACCUCCACUGAGUGCCCCUGCCUCAUGGAUGAUCUGUUUCUGAUAUUGAACUAUACUGACUCAUUUAAAAUCACUUCAACUAGUGCAAGCCUCCACAAAUCUGGACAAAAGUUGGUGUGAUAGAUGGAGAUUGAUGCCGUUUUGUUGUUUUUGCUUGGUCCUUGACAGGCAAUUGCAUAGAUACAAUUAAUGUCUUAAAUACACAGUUCUUCAGAAUUCUAAGUUAUUAUACAGUAGUUUAACAUAUUUAUAAGAAAGUUUAUAAUCUAUUUGCCCACUUUGCUCAGAUGUAGUAUAUACAGACUGAAAAUAAUCAUUCUCAGUGACUUGCUUACUGUAUAUUAAAAACCCUAUGUGACACUAUUUGGAAAUUCAAGAUUGGACUGGGUAUAGUAUAUAGAUAUAUUGUGUAUGUUUUUUGCAAUUAAGUUGGAGUUUGUAAAAUUUAUAAUGAAGCAGCAUAGUAGUGGAUUUAUCGACAAACAUCAUGAAUUCCAUCAAGUAUGCUAGUCGCUACCUUUGAUGUCUUAGAAGUUUUUAUAAUAGAGCAUUCCACUCACUGUGUAAAGUUCUGAAUUCCACUCGCUGUGUGUAAGGUUCUAGAUUCCACUCACUGUGUAAAGUUCUGAAUUCCACUCGCUGUGUGUAAGGUUCUAGAUUCCACUCACUGUGUAAAGUUCUGAAUUCCAUUCGCUGUGUGUAAGGUUCUAGAUUCCACUC